AUGGUAGUAGCAAGGAAGUCAAGUGGGGCAAUUAGACUUUGUAUCGAUUCUAAACCCCUAAAUUCAGCACUACAGAGGAAUCAUUACCCCACUCCAACAAUAGAAGAUAUCCUACCAGAUUUAACGAAGGCCAGGAUCUUCUCAGUGGUGGAUGCUAAGGAUGGAUUUUGGCACGUCCUGCUCGACAAAACCAGUAGUUUCUUAACAACAUUUGGAACCCCCUGGGGACGUUAUCGUUGGUUGAGGAUGCCUUUUGGCAUAGCACCAGCACCUGAAGAAUUUCAGAGAAGAAUGGAUGAGGCACUUGAGGGUUUGAAUGGAACGAAAGCAAUUCAUGAUGAUAUACUUGUCUAUGGUUGCGGCAAUACAGAUGAAGAGGCAAUUAGAGACCACAAUAAAAAGCUGAUUGAGUUGAUGGACAGAUGUAAGCAGAAGAACAUCAAAUUGAACCUUGACAAACUAAAACUGGGACUUGAUUCUGUGUCUUACCUGGGACAUGUUAUUUCAAAGCAAGGACUGAGUGCUGAUCCGAGUAAAGUACAAGCGAUUAGAGAGAUGCCUACACCAACAGACAGACAUGCAGUACAGCGAUUGUUAGGCAUGGUCAAUUUUGUACAGAGAUUUGUACCCAAUCUUUCAGAAGUUACUUCUACACUUCGGGACUUGUUGAAAAGUGACACUUAUUUCCAUUGGGAUGAGCAUGUCCAUGGAAAAGCCUUCAGCACUAUUAAGAAGAUUUUGUCGGAAUCACCAGUCCUGAGUUUCUUUGAUCCAAAGAAGGAGACAAUACUGCAAUGUGAUGCAUCGCAGAAUGGAUUAGGGGCAUGUUUGAUGCAGGAUGGACAUCCAGUUGUUUAUGCUUCGAGAGCAUUGACCCAAACAGAGUGUAAUUAUGCACAAAUAGAGAAAGAAUUGCUGGCUGUAGUUUUUGGACUGGAGCGUUUUGAGAACUACACCUAUGGGCGUCAUGUCAAAAUAGAGUCAGAUCAUAAGCCUCUGGAAAUUAUCCAAAGGAAGAGUCUUGUGAUGGCACCAAGAAGACUUCAGAGGAUGCUAUUGCGACUCCAGAAGUUUGAUUAUGAGAUAGUUUACAAGAAAGGUGCGGAGAUGUAUGUAGCAGAUACUUUAAGCAGGGCAUAUCUACCAGCCUCAGAAGAAGAUAUGGAGAAAGCAAGCAUAUUUGAUAUUGAUCAGAGGAGCUACAUAUCAAUAUCUGAUGCAAAGAUCAUGAAAAUAAAAGAAGCAUCUGAGGAGGAUGAAACAAUGAAAUUGUUGAAACAUGUCAUCAAGUCAGGAUGGCCAGAUUGCAAGGAUGAACUUCCACAUAAAGUUCAAUGUUACUUUCCAUUCAGAGAUGAACUCGUCAUCAAGAACGGCCUAAUAUUUAAAGGGGAGAGAGUUGUGAUCCCUGAUAGAGUUCGCAAAGACAUUAUUGAGAGGGUUCACGAAACACAUAUUGGAAUACAAGGAUGCCUGAGAAGGGCUCGAGAGACAGUGUAUUGGCUCAAUAUGAACAAUGACAUUGAGAAUUUUAUACAGCGCUGUGAGAUUUGUAGUUCAUGUCAGCCAGACCAGCCAAAGGAACCAAUGAUUUCACAUGACAUCCCAAAGAGACCUUGGGAAAGAGUUGGUUGUGACCUAUUUGAGUUCGAUGGAAAUGACUACCUGAUUUGUGCAGACUAUUUCUCAGAUUUUUUCGAAAUAGACAGACUCCAUGGCAAGACUGGUAAGGAAGUCAUAAACAAAAUGAAAGCCCAGAUAGCGCGUCAUGGCAUUCCAGAUGUUAUUAUAUCUGAUAAUGGUCCGCCAUUUAACAGUGGAGAAUUUAAGGAUUUUGCUGAAAAGUACGAGUUUGAGCACAGAACAUCAUCUCCUCGUUACCCGCAGUCAAAUGGAAAAGCAGAGAACGCUGUCAAGAUUGCUAAGGCCCUAAUGCGCAAAUGUGUUCUUGACAAGAAAGAUCCUUUCUUAGCACUUCUAGACUGGAGAAAUACGCCAAAUGAGACCAUUGGACUUUCAGCAGCAGAAAGAUUGUUUGGCAGGAGAACCAGGACUAGACUUACACUAUCCGCAAGGCAUUUGGAAACCCACAAUUCAGGCGGGAUCACCAGGAAGCUGUACAAGAGGAAGAGAAAAGAAGCUAGCUACUAUAACCACGGCUCAAAGGAAAUGCAGAAAUUAAAUACUGGAGACACUGUAAGGAUUCGUCCAUUCGGGAGAGAAAAGUCGUGGACAAAAGCGCAAGUUAGAGACCAAUUGGAUAUCCGUUCUUAUGAAGUCCGUACAGAAGAUGGACGUGUAUAUAGGAGGAAUCGAAAACAUCUACGGCUUAGCAGGGAACCAUUUUCUAAAGAGGACUUACCCAGAAACACCAGUUCGUUCCCUGAUGUAAAUAAAGACAAUUUGGAGACUAGUGUGUCUACUAACAGAGACAUUGACAAAGUGGAAACCCCAGUCCAGAAUACAUUACAAACACAGAACACACCAGUAGUUGAAAAAACUGUCACACCAGCCAAGACGUGUCCUGUACCAAAUGCAACAUCUGAUGUAUCAGGCAAGCGACAUACAAAGAGUGGACGAGAAAUCAAAACACCACAGAAAUAUCAAGACUUUGUAUGCAAUGUUGAGUGUUUUGUGUAG